CGUAUGCCCUUCAGUGUAACAGAGCUGUAACUAGAUGUCUGCAAGAGAUCACAUCACCCAAGUUCCAACCACAAUGGUAUACUAUCAAGAGCCCUGUCUCCUUGACCAGGGGCCACAGCAAUUUCAAGAUGAAUCAUAUUUUAACAAUUUUCAGUCUAAUAGUGAUGACCACGACUUGGCCGCAGAGGGCUUCAACGCAUGGUCUAUACCAAUGGAGACCCAACAGAUGCAACCCAGGAGCUAUGGAAUGCAGCCAUAUAUAGACGCUCCUUAUCCCAGCCUAUAUCUGGAGCCCUUUAAACCUACCGGCGUUCAGACCGUCGGGCUAGCCCAACUACAGCUCAAUGGUGGCUCUGAAUUUCCCAUGGAUUACCAGCCUGAUCAAUCGCCCGAAGAAGAGUUUUGUGCACUCGGUCUCAAGGAUGAUGGAAGCGACGUAUCGCCGUUAUCGUUGCCCGACCAGGCAGAUACGGCAAUAUUUGGCUCCAAGAAGUGCCUCCCCCGCAGUCGUGCUGCCCCGCGCUCUUCGCGAACAUCCCAGCCAAAGAAAGGGAGACCGCGGAAGAAGCGCAAUCAGUCUAACUCGUCAAGUGAGGAUGAAUCAGCCAUUCUCAAAGCAAAGUUUGCCCAUUCCGUGAUUGAGAGGCGUUAUCGUGACAAUCUCAACCGCAAAAUGAUGCAACUCCAUCGAGACCUUCUGGCCGUAGAGACCAGUCCAACUUCGCCCGCCUCUCAAUUCAAUACCUCACCUACAGGGCAAACACUCUCUAGCAGAGUCCGCAAGUCGGACAUCAUGUCGCGGGCGAUCAACUACGUCCACCAGUCGGAUGUCGAGAUCCGGCACCUGGAUGGCGAGAUCAAACGCCUACAGGACCAAGUCAGCGUCUUUCAGAAGCUCGUCAACUGCGACGACUACUCGCUGCUCAAGAAUAUGGUGUAACUCGGCGUCCAAAAGCAAUGACAUUGUGCUUUCCCCAAGUUCUCCGCCGUCUGUUUUUCUUCUGUCCCGCAUCCUCCUCCGCCUCAUCCUCCGCUUCGUCUACUCUUCUCCGCGCCGGUCCAUGUUUUCUCCAGUCUUCUCUGUAUGACUGUGUGUUUGCAUGUCAGUGUGUGGACCCGACUUUUAGCGUCGGUGGAAACUCUGUCUUGGAUGUACAUACCGAAGUACGAUAUUGAAAUGAGUCGUCUUGUAUUCCCCCCCAAACUAUUGUCUUUGUGGGGUUUUCAGCUCCUGCUGCUGUGGCGAUCAGUCGCUGCUUGGGGGUGGUGUCUUUUUUUUUGGCGUUUUCUGCCGGGGAAGAGAAUCUCGUCCAGAGAAGUGCAGGCAGUCAGGCAAGCAAGGAGGAUGGAAUAUGACGCAUAUCAUGAUGAUAUGAUGAUGCUUCUGGUCUGGUCAGGGUCAAAGCGCGUUGGAAAGGGCAGCGCUGGGAAUCUCAGCAAAAAAGCUUUUCUAGAGCCGAGAAAAUUGGAUAUGUGUGCAAUGAAAUAUCCUCUGGUGUGACUUUAGUGUUUUUGAUGAAGAUGAAGAUGAAGAUGAAUAUCCCCGUGGUUAUGUGGCGAUGGUAUUCCCACUUGAGGAACCACUAUGUACUAUUAGUUACCACGACUAGACUUCAGGGCUG